AUGAUGGGUAUCAAUCAUCUCCAUGAAAUGAUCAACCACCAUCUUCUGUCUGAUGAUGCCAAAAAGGGGGAGAAUUUCACUGAGUCUACUGCCAAUGAUGACGUUGAUGCUGAAAUGAAUACUGAGGAUAUUCAUGAUCAGUUGGAUGUAGGUGAUGAAGUCUAUUGCAUGGACUUGUCAUUCUUUGAUGCAGUGCCAUUUCAAAUAGUGUUUCCAUAUUCCCACGCUAACGCUGAGAGUGAUAAAAUACCUCAAGGGGAGGAGCAGGUUCCUCAAGGGGGGCCUAGUGACAUUGAGUCAGAUGAAGAUGAUGUUCCUCUGAGCAAGAAGUGA